CCGACAUCACCAGAACCCCCGGGCGAAGCGACGCCAUGUCCAAACCUUUGCGUGGCCGAGCAGCAGCAGAAGCUGCAGCAAAGGCGCAAGACCUGGCAAAAGUAGCCCUGGCACAGCGAGAUGCCAGGGAAGGUGCCGGUGACCUCCCUCCGUCCCUGGCAGCACCAGUGAUGGCAACGCCCCUGGUACCGCCAGCGCAGCCGCUCUCACCGCUGGCACCGCUGGCACCGCUGGCAGCCCCGGCUGCGGCGCAGGCCCCGGUGGUGGAGCUGCCGCUCCAAACGCCUGGCAGCGCCGUGCAGCUGCAGGAAGCAGCACAGCUUCGUGGAGGACCUGUACCGAUGGUGCCAUGGUACUCCGGCAUCGGUGGAGAUGCUCCAGUUCUUGCAAAGGCAGAAGUGGAAAAAGUCCGAAAGCUUCGAGACGAGUUCGAAGGUGCUUCUGCUGAGUAUCGGGUCCUCUCCCAAGUGGCUGUGGCUGGAAUGACUUCGAAAGAGGGAAAAUCGCUGCAGAAGAGGUUCAAAGAACUAGAACAAGCCUGGGGUGCUUUCCAGUGGAACCAAAAAAGCCGAAGCUUGAAUCCAACGACCCGAGAGGAGGUCCAGGCGGCUUCGGCGGCCUUGGCCGCCCAACCUAAGGGCGUGGAUCUUGAGCACGAGGUCGAGACUGUCCUUGCUGAGCUGUGGGACAGUCUUGAGAAACCCGUAAAGCCACGCCGCGCGGAGUUCUCGGACCCGCAGCUGGAUGAAGAGUUAGAUAGGCUUGAAGCCUACAUCGAAGCCAGAAUCCACGAGGAGGAGAAGGCGGAACGUGAGGGCCGUGAAGCCAAAAGCCGACCGAAGCUGGCAGUUUGCGCCACGCAAUCGGAGGUUCUGGGCGACAUGUCGGCCAAGUUCCAACAGUCUCAUCCCAUGGGUUUGGACGAAGGAACAGGUGGCACACCGAUGACGUCCUACACGGCACAGGAAGAAGUGCACGUCCUCCCAGGAAGCGGUGCAUGGUUCGAUCAUGAGGUGCAGCAUCUCUCCAAAGAGGUGCAUUCGGUCUCCGACAAGCUGAACAAGGAGAUGGUCAGCCGCCGACCUGUGCGGCCUGCAGGCAGCGCUUACUUGGGAGACCUCGCUGGGGGUAGUGGCCCGUCGCUCCACAACGCUGGGGAGAAUGCCUGGGGCAACGUCUUCACUCCUGCGAGGACGCCUUUUGAGGCCAGAGCCAGACCUAUUCCUGUGCGGUCAGGUGCCAGAAAUGGUUACUGACGGGAUUGCUUGCUCACUUCUCAGGUGAACAGCAAUGCAAGGUCAUAGAGUGGUGGAAACAUCAAAAGCAGCUGUCGAAGACAGGGCUUUUUGAUGUGCCAAUUUCAACUAGCCAUUGAAGCAUGAAUUGACAUGAACUGACCGCACCAGCUUUGG